CUCGAUUUGUAAUAACUUUGAAGGUAUUUUUUAAUAAUAUAAUAUUAAAACUGAGUCAGUAUGAGGUAGGAUCAGUGCAAUAUCAACCGACCAACGCUUUUCUAGCAACAUUAUAAAGCUACAGUGUUCCAACUCGUUAUUGUAAGAAAACGUAUGAAAAUCACACUCGACCAUGGCGUUUUCCUUCCGCAAAAUGCUAUCAAACAUCAAUUAUUUCAAAAAAACUGAGGAUAAUAGAGAAAAUGUCUUGUCCGAUUCCAACUUAAAGAGACGUAGACAUACAUAUGUUUCAGACGAACCUAUUAUCAUAAACUUCGAGUCCACAGAACCAGACUCGACAUCGAAACUCUGCACAAGUAGUCUGAAACUCCCUGAAUCUGUAAAAAACUUUGCCGCUAAAAAAGGUUCCUUAUCAGACACAGAUCUAUUAACGCUUAGUACGGAAUCGCCGUUACGCGAAAAAAGGCGUAAAUGUAAAAAACUUAAAUUAGACAUUAAAAAAGCGAGUCAUUCUAUGAACCAUUUAAGUGAGGAUAGCUUUAAUAAUGUCGAGAACACACCAAAACAUGUUUUGUUAGAAUGUAAGAGUUCUGAUGUGUUUAGCGAACGGUUUAGAGGAUUUGAUUUUAACAAAUCAUUCGAUUUAAUUGAUGCUUUAUCAGAUGAUCAACCGUCUUCGCCAUUCGAAGAGGAUAUAGAUAUUGAUUCAUUGUCAGAGCAAUCUGAUUCUGAUUUGUCGGUUCACACAAAUAAAUCAUCAAUAAAAAUGUGUCGCAAAGUCACCGGAAGUCAAUCAAGUGAUGAAAAUCAUUUAGUGCCCUCAAGUAGUCUUGAGUCAUUCGGAGAUGUUGAAUUGGAUAAGAAUGAAGAAGAAAGGGCCCAGUUGUUAUUAAAUUAUCAAAUCAAAUUAAAUAAAAUUGAGUGUUUCUUAAGGAAAUUUUUCAAUGAUCUUCAGUUUCACAUAGAAAUAUCAAAAUUGUUUUAUUCAAAGUCAAUUGUCACAGCUCUUCCUGGUUCAGAUAUAUCUAAUAUUUCUGAAAAUAAGGAUCAUUUAUAUAGUAAAAAUGAUAGAGGUCCAAGUCCCUUAGGGUGGAAUAUUGUCGAGGAGAAAGAAGAUAAUGAAAAUAAAUUGAAAUUGAAAAAACAGUUGCUAUCUAUGAAAUCCAGCAUAGAAGAUUUUGUACGAAUUUAUUUACAAAGUAAUAUAGAAAGCAAUAAAUUACUGAACUAUAAGAGUAUAACGCUUGAUACGAAAAAACUUAAGCAGAAAUAUUUGAAACGUCAAAAUACUAGUCAUAAGAAAAGAAUUAAGCAUUUUGAUUUCCCUGAUUUGAGAGAAGCAUUAAUAAAUCUAUUUUCCACGGAAGAUGUGCAGGCAAACAACACUGAAAACACAAGUUAUUCCGAUGACUUAGAUACAUGCAAGUGCAUUUGUAAAUGUCACCAACCUUCUUCACCAACUUCACAAACUGAUUCCGGACUAACCACAAAAACAAGUGAAGGCUCUACAUCCAUCACAUCAUCCAUCGGGAAUUUCAGCCUUGAUUCGUCUACAUUAACAGCUUAUUCGGAGUCUCUAGAUCAGAUUGUCAGCUACAAUAGCUUUCAAGACACAAGUCUCUACAAUACAUUCCUUCAGAAAGCUGCUAUUGAACGUAUAACAUUCUAUGUACAAGUCCACAGCAUUCAACUGAAUUCUGAAUCAACAGAACUGGAUUUAGAAUCAAAGAAUGUUAUAACGUUUCACUGUCCAUCAUGCAAAGAUACACAUAACGAUGAAAAUAGUUUAUUAAGACAUAUAUUGAGUCAGAGUCAUUGUGAAAAAAUUCAUUUUAUAUACAAAACAGCUUAUAUUAAGAAAUGUAUGUCAGCUGGAAAAGAAAUACAGCCAAGCACUGUCUUGAACUCUAUGAGAAUGUAUCGGGAUGUGAAUAAAAUUGUCUGCUUUGGGGAUGCAAUAUACGCUUGUUCAUUAUGUUUUGAGAAUUUAAUCGUUGGUGAAUCUGUACUCAUGGCUCAUUGCUCCGACCCACAACAUGUAGGCAGAAGGGAGAAACUUGAAGAUAUAGUUGGUUAGUCGCACAGUAUACUAUUUUAAAUUUAAUUUUUAUUUUCUCACAUCGAUUUACCCAAUUUCAUAAAUCAUUAGCUCAAUUAUUUUUGAUAAUAAAUAUUUUUUCUAUUAUUUUUAAAUUAUGAACUGUCAAAUCGAUGUUUGAUGUGAUUUUUUUUUUAUUUUAUCAUUUGCAUGUUUAUCUGUGCAAGAAUGAAACCUAAAAUAAUUUUACACUAAUUUUCACAUUAAUGUAAACUUGACAAAAACUAAUUACCUUUUUUUUUCUAUUCUUUAUUUUCUAUUUAUUUUCUCUGUUGACUGGUAAUUUUGAUUUUUUUUUUGUUUCCAAACUUCAUUUAUUUUAUUUUUUGAAUGUUUUUAUAAUACAAACGGUGCUCAAAUUCAUUUGAUAUACAAAGCUGUGUUGAAUCAACAUUUAUUUUCUGAAUUUAGUAAUAAGUGUAUUAUGGCUUUAAUCUAAAUCGAUUUUUAAUAACAUCUAUAUUUCCUCUACUUCUAUAAGAUCUGAAUAUUUAAGUAAAUGGACCUAAAACGUAAUUUAUUUCAUAUAUGUACAAUUAAUAAGCACUUACUAACCUAAUCAUUAAACACGCACAAAAUUAAUGAACUUAUCUGGGCGGUUAAGUGCACCGGAGCCGCUGUUAUGGUUUUAGUGUUGCUAUUAUUAUUAUUUUUUAUAAAACGGAAAAUGGGUCACCUCGGUAAGUGAUCACAAUGCCUAUUUAUAUUCAUCACCCUUAUUAUAUUCAUCCCUUGUGCCUGUAGUUCCACUGGCUCACUCACUCUUCAAAUUUGAAGUCAGAAUGCUAAGUAUUAUUGUUUGACGGUAAUAUAAUUUUGAUGAUUGGAUUUUACAGUAAAUAGGGUGAAAAAUGAUGAUGCUAUUAAUAACAUUUUCAAUAAAUUAUCAACAUAAUAUUAUAUUUUACAAAUUAAAAUUUAAUUAUUGAAAUAAACAAAAUUUAAAAAAAAACAAUAAUAUAAUGUUACAUUUCAAUAUCGUUAGUUUCAUAUUUGCUACCGGUCCAGAUAAGUUUGUGGCACUGUUUACACGUACCAAACAUAUAUAAUAUAUACACACACAAGAUAAUUGAGUAUAAAUAUUAAUCUUAUUUAUAACAUUGAAUAGAACUAUUGUAUUAACAUACAAAAGCCGCGCAAGAUGCAUUAUACGACUUUCGUUCGAAAAUCUGUAUUUAAAUCCGCUCGGCUUUUUCAUAAUUGAAUAAUUAAUAUUUAUUUAUUAUUUACGCUCUUAUAGAGGUGUGAAAUUAUGGAUUUUCUAAGCCUUUUUUAAUCGCAUUAAACACAUAAAAAUAAAUCAUAAAUCUUAAGAGAAAUAUUUACAAAAUAUAUAUAUGUUCCUAAAAAUUUUUCUGGUGUUCAAUAAAAAAAAUAAAGUGAAACGUCGAAUUUUCGAAUAAACAGGGUUUUAAAGAUUGAUUCGCUUUUUUACUAUUUUUGUAACGGUGUAGACGUAAUAGAGGAUAUCCACAAUAAUAAUAAUUAAAUAUAAUUACUCGCAAAAUAAAAAAAAAUAUAUAAAAAAAAUGUAGUUAUACGUAGUAGAUACAGUUUUUAUAUAAAAUAAUGUAACAUGGUAAUAUGCUCUAUUUUACUUGAAAUCUAACAAACUUACUUAUAAACUUUAUUAGAUAAACAAUCCUGUGUCUUCUUCUUCUUAAUGUCAAAUCAAUAAUGACAGAAAGAGAUAAAUCAGUAUUUAACUAAACAACUGCUAAGCAACAUUUAUAAGUAAGGGAUUACAGUUCAACUAUAAUUCAAACAAAUUCACAGAAACAAAAAAAAUAAACAGUUUAUUCUAUACAGUUUAAUAAAAACACAAAUAUUUCUAUUUUAUAUCUCAACAAAUUUUCACUUAUAAUACCUUAAUUUUGUCUUAUCUUAUAAAAAAUAACAUUUUCGUAUUUUCUUAGCAAUUAAGUUGAACAAUAACUUUUUAUUUACUUUCCUCUCGUGUAUUAAUGACUAAGGUAGAAAUGUAAUAUUAAAACAAAUAUAAGUAAUUGUCGCAUGAAUAAUAAAAAUAACUCCAUACCGGAUCUCAUUCUAUACAUAAAUAAGCCUCCAUAAAGACUGAUUUUGAAUCAAGAAAAAGCGUUUAAAAGUAUUUAAAAAAAAACAAACGUCAAACAAUACCAAUGUACCCAAUUAUACCGCCUUAUAUUUAAAAUUAACUAUGUAAUAAGGUUAGAACGUCUUUUUCCAAAACUUUCUAUUUUCCUAUAAAUUUGUGAUAUGUGACUAGGUAUCCAUAACUGCUUUGUAUAACUAAAGUUUAGAAAAUUGUAACUCGAUUGACUAAAAAUAUUCUCAAAGCAAUAUUAAUGGAACCAUUUUAUAGGAUGAUAGUAACAUCAUCAAUGAUUUCAUUAAUUCUAA